GUAUUUUUUCUCCAUACUGACUCCUCCCCUAGAAUCUUGGCCAAUUGUAAAGAUGGCGUCCAUCAUGGAGGGACCGCUGAGCAAAUGGACUAACGUCAUGAAAGGUUGGCAGUAUCGCUGGUUUGUUUUGGACUACAAUGCGGGUUUACUGUCAUACUACACGUCCAAGGACAAGAUGAUGCGUGGCUCCAGAAGAGGAUGUGUGCGUCUCCGGGGAGCUGUAAUAGGAAUCGAUGACGAGGACGACAGCACAUUCACCAUCACUGUGGACCAGAAGACUUUCCAUUUUCAAGCUCGAGAUGCAGACGAACGGGAGAAGUGGAUCCAUGCCUUAGAGGGGACUAUUCUCCGCCACACCCUUCAACUGCGGGAGGCAGAGACAGGAUUUGUUCCAAGUGUCCAAGACUUCGAUAAGAAACUUGCAGAGGCUGACGCAUACCUACAAAUUCUAAUUGAUCAGUUAAAGCUCUUCGAUGAGAAAAUCAAAGAUGGCAAUGAAGAGUCAUGCAGAAAAAUUGAACAUUUGAAGGAAACCACAUGUAGUAUGGUAGAGUCCAUCAAGCACUGUAUUGUAUUGCUGCAGAUUGCCAAGGAUCAAAGUAACGAACAGCAACACGCAAACGGACUGAUAAGCACCAUCAACCCAGUGGAUGGGAUAUUUCCGCCUCUGGACGCUUCUUUAGUCAAUUUAGCCAUGCCAACACAGACCACCCUCCCCACAGAUGGCUCUCAGAUGUGUAAAGGAGAACAACGGCCCUCCACUUUACCGGUAGGGGCUGUUGUCACGGUGAUGGGCAGUCUGCAGACUCCGACCCCCAACAGCACAGGGAGUGGCCCCUCGGACCCCAGCAGCAGCGGUGCCUCUCCCAGUCACAUGACCAUCCCCUCCCACUCGGUCCCUGACUUCUCCUACUCCAGCAGCGAAGACGAGUUCUACGACGCUGACGAGUUCUACCAGAACAGCACGUCUCCCAAGCACCUUCUAGAUUCUUCUCGGCCUCCUGCUGCCUUGCCUCACAGCAAUGACGGAACAGUGCUGAAACGACCAGACACUAACGAGUCCCUCAACUCCUCCAUGUCUAACGGCACCACUGAUGCAGAUCAAUUUGACAGCCAUGAUGACGAGGCGGAGGAUCAGGGGGAGUCUGUGGAGGAGCACAAGAGUGUCAUCAUGCACCUGCUGUCCCAGGUGCGGCUGGGCAUGGACCUCACCAAGGUGGUCCUGCCCACAUUUAUCUUGGAGAGGAGGUCUUUGCUGGAGAUGUACGCUGACUUCUUUGCACAUCCGGAUUUGUUUGUCAGUAUCGCAGAUCAGCUGGAGCCCAAAGAGCGCAUGGUGCAGGUGGUGAAGUGGUACAUGUCAGCCUUCCAUGCGGGGAGGAAAAGCUCAGUGGCCAAGAAGCCAUACAACCCCAUCCUGGGAGAGGUCUUCUUCUGCCACUGGGACCUGCCUUCAGAGAGCGAGGAGCCCACCGCAAUGGAGCCAUCGUCAGAGGGUCCGGUGCCAUGGUCUUCAGCCAACAGUGUGUCUUUUGUAGCAGAGCAGGUCUCUCAUCACCCCCCAGUGAUUUCUGCAUUCUACGCAGAGUGUCUCAGAAAAAAGAUUCAGUUCAACGCCCACAUUUGGACCAAGUCAAAGUUCUUAGGAAUGUCAAUUGGAGUGCACAAUAUUGGCCAGGGAUGUGUGUCCUGUCUGGAACAUGACGAGCACUACAUACUCACCUUUCCCAAUGGAUAUGGCAGGUCGAUCCUGACUGUCCCAUGGGUGGAGUUGGGUGGAGAGUGUAACAUCAACUGCUCCAAAACGGGCUACAGUGCCAGCAUCGUGUUUCACACUAAGCCCUUCUACGGUGGCAAGAAGCACAGGAUCACCGCUGAGAUCUUUCCUCCCAAUGACAAGAAAUCAUUCUGCUCCAUUGAAGGAGAGUGGAAUGGAGUGAUGUACGCUAAGUGGGCAUCUGGGGAAAACUCCUUGUUCAUUGACACAAAGAAAAUGGGCUGUAUCAAGAAGAAGGUGAGGAAGUUGGAGGACCAGCUGGAGUAUGAGUCCCGCAGCCUUUGGAAGGAUGUGACGGUUAGUCUGAAGUCGAGAGACAUCGAUGCAGCAACGGAAGCUAAGCACAGGCUGGAGGAGAAGCAAAGGGGCGAGGCCAGGGAGAGGAAGGAGAAUGAAAUGCAGUGGGAAACUAGGUUGUUCCAUGAGGAUGGGGAGUGCUGGGUCUACGAUGAGCCUCUACUGAAAAGAACUGGAUCACAGAGGCACUGAGGCCAAAGAUGCAGAUCUUGGAGUCUUAAUAAGAACUCUUUUGCAAACCACUUCUUAUCCAAGCCUUGGAAUGACUGAUGAUUGAACAUGAUCACAGCUUUGCAUUUUCAAAGUUAAAAUUUAAUGAAAUCAAGAAGAAACAUCUACAAUGUAAAAAAUAAUAACCGUUGUUUUGCCAAACCCACAUCCUCAACCUCCAUCCCCUGAACGACUAAAAAAAGCAUGACAAAAACAGUACCAAUGCCCUUCGGCUACACAAACAAGUCCUCACAAUCUUGCAGGAGGAUCCCUCAAGGGUCUGUUCUUUUCCUCGAGGGGGCGGGUGUUUUGAUCGAACAAACCUCGAAAAACAGCGUUCUGUAUCUCAGGGAAGCUGGUGACUGAGGAAUGAAUGGUGUACUUACAGGAGUUAGACAGCCUUAUGGUGGAAUCACAAGGGGAAUAACUUGGCUUGCCAACAACUAGCUACAGCUGUUUAUAUAUAGAUACUUAUGAUGAAUGUAUAUAUAUUCUCUUUUUUUUAAAUUGUAUUUCUCUUUCUUUCUGGCAGUAGUAAAUAUUUUAGGAUAUGAACUCUAUGGCAAUACAUCAGGAAUCAUUCCUUUUCCUUUCUACAUUCGUGCCCUCUCAAGUUCGUUGACAUUAGGCCGUCAUUGAAAAUAAGAAUAUGUUCUUAACUGACUUGCCUGGUUAAAUAAAGGUAAAAAAAAAAAAAUCUCUCCCCAUGUACUAACUCCAUCUAGUGCAGUGGUGUCAAACUCAUUUUGUCCCGGGGGUCGCAUUAUGUCUUCAACGAGGUCCAGAGGGCCGCAUUGAAAAUGGGUUAUUUCCUCACCGUCAAUUUUUAAAAUGUUAAUUUCUGAUGCUCCCUGACUGUCUAGCUUUAAUUUUGGUGAUUUAUUAGUGAGCUGGACACAGUCAAGAAACUGUGAUUGUAGGUCCAUGAUCAUUUCAACACAGUUUAGAUUUUAUUUUAGUCAUUUUAAAGUCUAUUGAGUUUUUUAAAAAGUUUUUUUUAAUGCUAACACCUACGGGCUUGGACUCCCACGCGGGCCAGAUGUUUGACACCCCUGGAUUAGUGUAUGUUUAUCUGCUCAAGAUGACCAGAGGGGCACCCAAGAAGUCUGCAUUUGCAAGAUAGACAAAGGUGGAGUCGAGGAAGAGGACUUGUCAACAUGUUUAUUAUUUUCCCUUGUGGCAUUUAUGAACAAAUGUAUGUCUUUUGAUUUGUUUUUCAGGUGAUUGGGUAACAUGCUAAGGCGGUUUUAUUGAGUGCUAAAUUUGGUUGAGGGUACACAAUUUAAUACCAGGUUAGAUUAUGUCCAGUGGUGGUGUUAAAUAGGAGAGAAUAAUUGUCUUGUUUCUGCCAUUAAUCGAAAGGUUCAUUCCCCAUUCAGUGCCACAUCAUUUUAAACUAAAUAAGCAGAUGUUUGGAUAAGUACCUAAAUGAAAAUCUCAAUCUUUCACUUGAGCACAUGAAUCAUAUGACUGUGGAUAUUCUUCAGCGAACCCAUUAUGUGAAAUAUUGUGAGCUAAAGACAGAUCUAUUCCUUUUCCCCUCAGAAGGAUUUUUAUCAGUAAGCAAGGCCAGGUAAUACAGUACAUGAAUUGACAUUUUGGUUAUUGGAAAGGAAUUGUGACCAAAACCAUUUGUAGCGAUAGAGCACAUUCCUGCUGAAUACACGCACGCAAUGAUUGCCUGUGGUGAAAAACUCAACAAGUUCACUUAACUGAAAUGUAAAGGUGGAGUAUCAUCCUUUUAUCUCUAAAGUGGAUACAUACAGUAUCUUCUAAUAUAAUAGAAUUUACAGAGGUUACAAACUCAAGCCAUUUUUCUUUUCAUGUUAUGUCUUUGUUAGUUGAUAUUGAAUCAAGGCCUUGCCAUACAUUUCAGUAUCGCUUCAAAAGAGCAAUCGGAACAAAAUGUAUUUUUUAUUUCCUUUGAAUCAUAACCAUUGAUUGUAUUAGAUUUUCAUGUUUAUUGAUGCAUAAUAUUAAAUCUCCAUGAGUUUA